AAGAAAUCUAACUAAUUUGAAUAGGAAGUAGGAUUGAUUUUAUGAUGUCUGGCCUUCAGAGGAUCUCCUUAAUCAUUAAUAGCAUCAUUUUGUACCAUUAGCGGCAAGUAGUUAUUUUAGGCAUUGGUAUCAUGCAGAUUGGCAUCAAGACUUGACACCAACUUUCUCAGGGUCUUUGCUACCUUAAGUCUGCAUGGGGAACAAGAAUAAGCUUAGAAAGCAGUGAGUUUAACCUGGUGCUUUUGAUAGCAUCACAUACAGUUAGGUCCUUUUGAGAAGGAGUGAGCUAGUUGCUGUGCAUGCUGGGGCUUGCUGUAACUGUUUGCUAAUCCUUCUCACCACUCCUCUGCAUUUUUGCAGCCUGGAAAUUUUGUAGGGGAAAACACCAAUGAGCAGUUCUCCACAUUGUCCUCACAUUUCUGGAGCUGAGCUGCAUCUGUGAAGAGCAUGGCAGACAGCUUACCCACAGCUGUCUUGAUAAGCAUGCAGCAAUGCUAGACCUUGCUGCCCCAUCAUAGCCAGCACCCAUUUUGCCUCUUGAGUGUAUGUUGCAGCUCGAGCACCCGCAUGGGCCAUGAGUGACAUGGGAGGACAGUGAGAUUUAUGUUGCAUCUUUUGAUUUUAUUUUCAGAGCCUGGUUUGGGAGCCAGUCUCCCAGAUUAAUAUGCAAAGGUGGCUCUAGCUGGGGAUCCACACCGCCUGCCCAGAGGAGUGCUUGGAGGAGCGUGGCUUGAUCUCCCUCUUGUGGAAAGUUAUCGAAACUGAGUUCUUGUGAUACUAAAGAAGAGAAGUCCAGCAUGGUCAAACAAAUGAUGGCAGCAGUUACCGAGCCAGCUGAUGCUCUUGUCAGCCCUCAAGGAAAUGAAGAGAUGGACUCUCUGAUUGUACUGCAUUAUAAUUACACAGGAAAGCUUAUUUUAAGGGAAAAGGCAACAGAUAACAUAGACCUGCCCACUGUUGCAUUUCUGAUCCUGUGUAGUUUCAUAGUCCUGGAAAACUUGAUGGUGUUGAUUGCCAUAUGGAAAAACAAUAAAUUUCACAACCGCAUGUACUUUUUUAUAGGCAAUCUAGCUCUCUGUGAUCUUCUAGCUGGAGUUGUUUACAAAGUAAACAUUCUUAUGUCUGGGAAGAAAACUCUGAGCUUGUCCUCCACAAUCUGGUUCAUUAGGGAAGGCAGCAUGUUUGUUGCCCUGGGAGCCUCUACUUUCAGCCUUCUAGCAAUAGCUAUUGAGCGCCAUUUGACCAUGAUUAAAAUGAGGCCUUACGACGCAAAUAAGAAAUACAGAGUGUUCCUUCUCAUUGGUACCUGCUGGCUUAUUUCAAUUUCCUUGGGUGCCUUACCCAUCCUCGGCUGGAACUGUAUAAACAACUUACCAGACUGCUCAACAAUUUUGCCUCUCUACUCCAAGAAGUACGUUGUGUUCUGCAUUAGUAUCUUCAUAGCCAUUUUGGUUGCCAUCGUCAUCCUUUAUGCCCGUAUUUACAUCCUGGUAAAGUCCAGCAGUCGUAAUGUCACUAACCACAGUAACUCGGAGCGGUCCAUGGCACUCCUUAGGACUGUUGUGAUCGUUGUCAGUGUUUUCAUUGCCUGUUGGUCUCCGCUGUUCAUCCUGUUCCUCAUCGAUGUGGCCUGCAAAGUCAGGGAGUGCUCUAUCUUGUACAAAGCCAACUGGUUUAUUGCUUUGGCGGUUAUCAAUUCUGCAAUGAACCCCAUCAUCUACACUCUGGCCAGUAAGGAAAUGCGUCGGGCUUUCUUUCGCCUUGUUUGUGGCUGCCUGGUGAAAUCCAAGGCGUCCAGAUCUUUGCCUGUUCCGCCCACGCCAGAUCACAGUAGAAGUAAAUCCAGCAGCAGCAAUGCCCAGAAGCCAAAGGAGGAUUUCCCACCAAAAAAAAUUCCGUCAUGUAUCGCUGAGAAAAAUGAAUUUUCAUUUCACAAUGGAAACAUAUGUAAGUAAAGGACUCCUUGAGACAAGUAUAUUUCUGUGGGUUUUAGAUUUAAACUACAAGUGUGGUUGUAGUGCACUUAAGUCACAGGGGAAAACACUAACCAUUUAUUUAACUUUGAGAACGUGUUUAUCAAUAAUCAUUUGCUUUGGGUGCGCAUUCAGUAACACACCCAAUGCAGAAAAACCCUUUCAUUCUACCCAACAGCCAGGACAGAGUCCAUGGACAUAUAAUGAUAUACUGUGCAUCAUGAUGCCAUUGCAUUUGUACAGCCUGAUCUUGCAAGAGAUCAACAAAACCUGUUAGAAAUUUAAGCAUUCACUAAACACUGAUGACGAUUGGAAAAUGAUUGCUGACUGGGAGAGAAGCUCAUUACGUAUGUUGGUGAUUAUAGUUCUUUAUAUGUAUCUUGCUGUUAUGUUAAUGGCCUUAUGUGUAUGUGGCAUAAAUAGCUGUAUAUUUGUACAAUUCCUUACUUAAAAAGUCAUCGUUUGGUAAAAGUUUACACUAUGCUAAACAUUGUAUUGCAGUAUACAGUGUAGAGUGACGGAUUAUACAAAUAGAUGUGUUUCAAUGGGGAUAUUUGAAAUGAAGUAGUAGCUGUUAACUGACAGGAGCUUUUAACAUGUCAUAUCACUGCAGUAUUUUUAAUUUUUUCACUGUUAUUCAGACUUUUCAUGCUUAGUGAAAGACAACAUGACAGUUGUCACUGUGGCAUUUCACAACUUAUUUUAAACAAACAGUAGUAAAUAACCACGGAGAGAGGCUAUAUACAUUCACUAUUUAAAGUAGUUAAAAUGUGACUAUACAUAUGUAUCAAGUGUAUGUACUGUUUCAAUGCAUAUAUUUUACUUUCUAUGUACAAUGUAUUUAUAAAUGUAUGGCAAACCUAUGUAAACCUGUGUACAUUGUGAAUGCACUACCUGAGCUGAGAUUCUGUAGUUCUGAAACAGAGACGUAUCAUUUCAGUAAACAGUGAACCACAACGGGUUCCUGUGGCGUUCCUUCUGUUCUCUCCAGGCACUACCACAGCAUGGGAAUGCAUUAGAAAUUCUCCUUGGAAAGGACUUCAGACAGUGGGACAAGAUCCCGUUUUCAGGCAGUGGAACCCUGCGCUUCUACUGUCUCCAGGCACUUUUGCAGAUACGAGAGUGAAGAUGCGGUACAACAGGAUCAUGCUGAAGGGCGUAUCUCCCUUUAUAUCUGACCCUGCCUUGGAUAUGGAAUGAAAGCCUGUUUGGUUUGAAGACCUGGAGCCCCAGACUUGUUCUUUUGAGAGGCUGCUCCCGAGAAACCUGUAUGAAUGCAACUUUAUGGUUCAUCAGUGUCUUACCAGCCUCAGUACAGGAUGGUGUUCAGGAUCAAAGGGAUUCCCUGAGACCUAAAGCCAUUCAUACUUCAUAAACAUCUUGUUUCAGGUCCCCAUGGAAGUGGCCCAUGAUAGUUCCAUCAAUCAUGCGUUAUGGCUGGAGGCUUCGGUGGAUGUUGAUGGGGAAUUCUGAGACUGGUUCCAUUGUCUUUCAGUAGGAAUGUAAGCAUCUAAAUUUAUUAGGCUCUUUCAAGGAUUUGUGUUUAAUGUCUCAAACCACACCUUGCCUUAUGCACAAUAAGUAGUUGAGGCUUUUUAAUACACAGCCUGCACAGCUUGGAAGAGCUCACCCUUGGAUUUACUCCGGUCUUAAUCAUUUAAAGCAGCAGCAUUAGUCUUUCCAAGUAUGUACAAUGUAUAAUAUAUGUAGCAAAAGCCUUUCAUUUUAAAGAAUGAAAUUAAGUUUAGAGGUUUGCGUUGUGAUUAUCUUUUACAAGUUAACAGUUUGCUUGUAAAUGUUUUAUGCUGUUAGGUGUAAGAACAAAAGAAAACUAUUUGAAAUAACUGUGAAAAAGAAUAUUAAAUAUGAUAUAAUUUCUACUAAAAAUGUUGAAAAGUGGUGCACUUACUUAAGAAGAAAAAGCUAAGCUAAGCGUGGUAUAACUGAACUGCAGAUACAGGGCUGGGUCAGCAUCUCUGUAGCUUUGUGAAAAAGAGCUGACAUUUGCAUUGCCAUGGCUUGCUUAGUUUUUUAGAUCUUAUAGUGCUACCUGGCUGUAUUUUCAGUGUCGAAGUUCUCCACUGAAGCUGUGUCUUUGAAAGCUGCAGCUAAAAUAUUUGUAUACUUCUAAGUGUUAGUGCACGAGGUGGUGGCACAUGGCAGCAUUCCCUGCUAUUGUAGAGCAGAAAGGCCUUAGCAGUGCAACGGUUUGAGAAAACAUUGUGGCUGACCCCAAACCAACAAGGAUGUUAUGCAGUUCUCACUGCUUAGGUGAAAAAAAGAAGAACAACUUUAAUAGUCAAAGUCCAAAAACAUGCACAUAAAAGUUAGUUUUAACAUCCAGAGUCUAGCCUUAGCUAUUGUCAGAGUUGAUGCAAGGUACAAGUAAUGCAAGCAGACUUCACUGUUGGAGGCCAUGUGAUUGCAUGUCAGUGCAAAAAUCUUUCACUCUGCUUUGAUUUUCUUCUCUUAUUUUGGAGCUGUGGGGAUAUUUUAUUAGUUCACUACCCUGCUGUACUUGAAGCAGGCUCCUAAGAAUCACAGGUUCACAUGUAACAGUGAUAGUAUAACUUACUGAAUAUUUAGGACUAAAGAGACCGUUGUGGAUAUAUGUCACAGUGGGAUGUACCCACUUAAGACUGUUAGGUAAAGCACAGCUUCUGGGACAUUUCUGAGCAAAAUUUUUAAGUAGGACCAAGUCAAGGGCUUAACAGCAGUGGACCAUAGCAAUCAGGAAGAUAUCCUAUCCUCGAAGCUGUGAAGGAUGGAGAAUAGCUCAUUUCACCCUAAAAUACUAGAAAAUUCUUCAAAAUACAUUCUAGAAUCCAAGCUUUUCAUCAUCUACAGUGAUUUGAGCAUGCAAGAAACUGAAUUAGGUCUCCCUUUUGCAGUUGGUUUUAUGCAGAGCAAAAGCUACAAAGGAGGUAUUUUGUAUUAUUUCAUGAAUUGGAAUAUUUAUUUAUAUUCUGGAUUACAAAAGAAAUGCAAAUCAAAGCACUUAAGGAGAAAAAAAAAAGCUUUCACAAGAGUCUUUCCAAGAGUCUUUUAUUGCCAGCAGUCUUGCAGAGCAUUUUCAACUCAUUAGGUACCAUAAACAUUUUGAAAACUUUUAAUUAAAUCUUAAACCUUUAAACCAAA